GGAAAUCAACAAAUGAAAUUGUCGUUCGCUUUUACGGUGGCCCAAUUGGUUCUGUAUUAAUAAAGCGAGGUUGGCUUUUCUUUUGAACACGCCUCCAAGUGGGUGCGUGGAGAGUAGUGAUAUUCGCGAAAGUUUUGUAAUUCGAAACUAAGCAGUUCACUCGGAGGAAACCCACGAGAGGAACAUGAAAACUCCCCACAGACGAGUUCGAACCCACGGCCGAACCACAAACCCGAGAGCUGUGGGACACCAGCGCUAUGCCUUCCGCCACCGCCUGAAAAUGGCAACGUUGAAACUGAUGAGAGCCAUCAGAGUGUCGGAGUUUGGGGGGCCCUCGGUUUUAAAACUUUGCACGGACGUUCCUGUCCCAAAGCCAGCUCAGAAACAGGUAUUGAUCCAAGUCCACGCUUGCGGAGUGAAUCCUGUGGAGACCUACAUACGCGCCGGAGCGUACUCGCGGAAACCGAGGCUGCCUUACACCCCAGGAUCAGAUGUGUCUGGGGUGGUCGUGGAAGUUGGAGAGGGCGUUGACCUUUUCAAGGCAGGCGACAGAGUCUUCACAACUGGCAGUGAGACAGGAGGCUAUGCUGAGUACAGUGUAGCUUCCGAAGACACUGUGCACAGACUGCCUGAUUCCUUGGAUUUCACACAAGGAGCUGCCAUUGGAAUCCCGUAUUUUACUGCAUAUCGAGCUCUCUUUCAAAAGGCCCAUGCCAAAGCAGGGGAAACCGUUCUUGUCCAUGGAGCAAGUGGUGGGGUGGGCAUUGCAGCAUGCCAAAUGGCCAGGGCCUUCGGGAUGAAAGUGUUAGGAACAGCGGGCACUCCGGAGGGUAUUGAGCAGGUCCUGAAGAAUGGUGCCCACCAGGCCUUCAACCACAGACAAAAAGGAUACAUUGACAAAAUCAAGGAGGCUACAAAUGGACAAGGUGUGAAUGUAAUUGUUGAAAUGCUGUCCAAUGUGAAUCUCAGCAACGACUUGGAGCUGCUGACAUAUGGGGGCCGAGUAACUAUUGUGGGCUCCCGGGGAACCAUUGAAAUCAAUCCAAGGGACACCAUGCUCAAAGAAUUAAGCAUCAUUGGAGUUGCUUUGUUCUCAUCAACCAGGGAGGAAAAGACAGAGUGUGCUGCUGCCCUCUUUGCUGGAAUGGAUGCUGGAUGGCUGAAGCCUGUUGUUGGACCUCAGUAUACUAUAGACAAGGCUGCGGAAGCCCACGAGAACAUCAUCAACAGCCCUGGAGCCACUGGAAAGAUGGUGUUGAUCAUGUGACCAUGAUAUCGUUUACUGGCCAUGUGAUUCUCAGUUUUACCUUGUGCAGUAAAUCAAAGCCUCAAAGGCAAGACAUUUACAGAGUAUUAACUGAACUGAAAUCACUGAAUAAAAGCA